GUGCGGGGGAGGGGACAGAGGAAGAAGGAGCGCCGUGGUGAACUGCUGGAGGAAGAGAGACAGAGAGUUCGCGGGCGCACGGAUGUUUUCAGGACCGGCGCGCGUCCUCCUCGCGUGACGUCACGGCGUCUCUCUCUCCCCCUCUCUCACCGGGGCGGGAGAGCGUGCGUCGGCGUCCCCCCAGCCCCGCGCGUCUUCAGUCGCUGGUCCCUCUCACACACGAACGAAUUCGCGCUGUGGGUGCGCAUCGGGCGUCUCAAGAGGCCAGGCCACAGCUCUCCAACUGCGGAAGGCGACUUCUUCUGAUCUGAAGUAGAAGGAGAAAAAGGAACCAAGAUGUCUGCGGUUUCGAAGACCACCAAGUCCUACUCUUACCGGAGCACCGGCGGCGGCGGCAACGCUGACGUCAGCAUCGAGUACUCGGCGGACCUGAGCGCGCUGUCGCGCCUCGAGGACAAGAUCCGCCUGCUUCAAGAAGAUCUUGAGUCAGAGAGGGAAUUCCGUCAGAGGAUCGAGCGGGAGAAGGCCGACCUCGCAGUGCAGGUGAUCCAGCUGUCGGAGCGCCUGGAGGAGGCCGAGGGAGGAGCGGAGAGCCAGUUUGAGGUGAACCGCCGGAGGGACACUGAGCUGACCAAGCUCCGCAAGCUGCUGGAGGAUGUCCACCUGGAGUCCGAGGAGACCGCCAACCUGCUGCGCAAGAAGCACCAGGAGAUCGUCGUCGACUUCCAGGACCAGAUCGACCAGCUGGCCAAGUCCAAGUCCAGGGCUGAGAAAGAGAAGGCCAAGUUCCAACAGGAAGUUUAUGAGCUGCUGGCACAGGUCGAGUCCGUCACGAAGGAAAAGCUCAUCAGCUUCAAGCAGGUGGAGAAGCUGGAGGUCCACAUCUCCGAGCUGAGCGUGAAGAUUGAAGAGCUGAACCGAACCAUCAUUGACAUCACCUCCCACAAGACCCGUCUGUCACAGGAGAACAUCGAGCUCACCAAGGAGGUGCAGGACCUGAAGGUGAACCUGGAGAACUCGAGCUACCUGAAGAGCCAGCUGGCCGGCCAGCUGGAGGAUGCCCGCCGCCGACUCGAGGACGACGAGAGGAGGCGCGCCACGCUGGAGUCCAGCCUGCACCAGGUGGAGAUCGAGCUGGAGUCGGUGCGCGUGCAGCUGGAGGAGGAGUCCGAGGCGCGACUCGACCUGGAGCGGCAGCUGAACCGCGCCAACGGCGAGGUGCAGAUCUUCAAGUCCAAGUACGAGACGGAGGCGGCGGCGCGCAUCGAGGAGGUCGAGGAGAUCCGCCGCAAGUUCACGGCGCGCCUCCAGGAGACGGAGGAGCAGAUCGAGACGCUGCUCAUCAAGUGCAACAACCUGGAGAAGCAGAAGUCCCGCCUGCAGAGCGAGGUGGAGGUGCUCAUCAUCGACCUGGAGAAGGCCAACAACACGGCGCGCGAGCUGCAGAAGCGCGUGGAGCACCUGGAGAAGAUCAACAUCGACAUCAAGACGCGGCUGGAGGAGACCAUCCAGCUGUACGAGCAGUCGCAGCGCGACCUGCGCAACAAGCAGACCGAGGUGCAGCGCCUCACGCACGAGCUGGACAAGACCCGCGAGCAGAAGGAGGCCCUCACGCGCGAGAACAAGAAGCUGUCCGACGACCUGCACGACUCCAAGAACACGAUCUCGGAGCUGACGCGCCGCCUGCACGAGCUGGAGCUGGAGGUGCGCCGGCUGGAGAACGAGCGGGAGGAGCUGACCGCCGCCUACAAGGAGGCCGAGGCGGGUCGCAAGGCCGAGGAGCAGCGCUCGCAGCGGCUGGCCGCGGAACUAGGACAGUUCCGUCACGAGGCCGAGCGUCGCCUGCAGGAGAAGGACGAGGAGAUCGAAGCCAUCCGCAAGCAGACCAGCAUCGAGAUCGAGCAGCUGAACGCGCGCGUCGUCGAGGCGGAGACGAAGCUGAAGACCGAGGUGACGCGCAUCAAGAAGAAGCUGCAGAUCCACAUCACCGAGCUGGAGCUGUCCCUGGACGUGGCCAACAAGAACAACAUCGAGCUGCAGAAGACCAUCAAGAAGCAGUCGCUCACCCUCACGGAGCUGCAGGCGCACUACGACGAGGUGCAGCGCCAGCUGCAGGUGACCCUGGACCAGUACGGCAUCGCCCAGCGCCGCCUGCAGAGCCUCACGGCCGAAGCCGAGGAGAUCCGCGGCAACUACGAGCAGGCCCUUCGCGCCAAGAGGGCAGUGGAGCAGCAGUACGAAGAGGCGCACACUCGCAUCAACGAGCUGACCACCAUCAACGUGAACCUGGCCUCCAUCAAGUCCAAGAUCGAGCAGGAGCUGUCCACUCUCGCCAGCGACUACGACGAGGUCACCCGGGAGCUCAAGGCGUCCGACGAGCGCUACCAGAGGGUGCAGGUGGAGCUGAAGCACACCGUCGAGAUCCUGCACGAGGAGCAGGAGCGCAUCGUCAAGAUCGAGACCAUCAAGAAGUCGCUGGAGAUCGAGGUGAAGAACCUGUCCGUGCGGCUGGAGGAGGUUGAGGCCAACGCCAUCGUCGGCGGCAAGAGGAUCAUCAGCAAGCUGGAGGCCAGGAUCCGCGACAUUGAGCUGGAGCUGGACGAGGAGAAGCGCCGCCACUCGGAGACCAUCAAGAUCCUGCGCAAGAAGGAGCGCACCGUCAAGGAGAUGCACAUCCAGUGCGAGGAGGACCAGAAGAACAUCGCGCUGCUGCAGGAGGCCCUGGACAAGGUCAACCAGAAGGUGUCCAUCUACAAGCGACAGCUGCAGGAGCAGGAGGGCCUGUCCUCGCAGAGCGUGACGCGCUCGCGCCGCUUCCAGCGCGAGCUGGAGGCCGCCGAGGACCGCGCAGACACGGCCGAGAGCAACCUGUCGCUGAUCCGCGCCAAGCACCGCACCUUCGUGACCACCAGCUCGGUGCCGGGCAGCCAGGUGUACCUGGUGCAGGAGACCCACCGACACACCACCACCACCUCCGAGGGCAUCUAGGCGGGGCUAGUCCCUCCCCCCCUCGUUGGUCCCCCAGGGACGCACUUCCGACCACCUCACAAACACAAACAAGUCACACCACACAUACUGUAAAUAACACGUCGAGGUCCAGAGGUCGCCAGUGAAAAAUAAAAAAUAAAAAUCUGCCCACGCUAACUUUCAACGAGCUGGACACAGCGAACGGGAACUUCUGUUGAAACUGCGCCAAGAUGGUCCCCUGUACAGCAUGACAGUUCCAGACAUCUCAGCAAGGUAACGUUGUGUUUCUGGAACGUAAUGAAUAUGUUGCAGGCCGUACAGGGUCCACAAAAACGCCUCUCCAGUGCAUUUACAAAUCGACGUAAGCAUCACCCUACUCCCUAGGCUGGGUGGAGUCAGGUGAUGUCAUUCGAGUGGGGUCCCGAUAGACUUAACGUCAGGCCGACACCAGGGGUGCCUAGCAACACAACUUCCCAUUCCCAGAGGUUUCAUUGGGCAAAAAGAUAGCGUACCCACUAACGAAUUUAAAAAUUACUUUACACGCAGUUUGAUCAAAGAGCAUCAAAUUUUGAAUGCUGAAUGUGCUGAAAGAAGUGCCCAUGCUUCCAUAAAGGAAAGCAACUGAAAAUAGGUCAUGAGUGAGCUUGUGUGAUUCGUAACAAAAGGGAGUUCUUGUUUAUAUAUAAAUAGAACAUGCUAAGCCCAUUUAAUUAAUGACUUCAUCAACAGCAUGGAACAUUUUGGUAAUGUUAAGUAUAUUGUAACAAAUUAUGAUAAAAGUUUUGAAUAAAGUUAUUGUGCUAAAUUAAAA